UGUACACUCAGCAUCAUUAAUGCCUGGAUAUACCGACUGAGUUUACAUAUUUAAAAUACAAGAAUGGGAGAGAGAGACAAUAAUAGCCAUUAAUGACGCUGGCUGUACUACAUAUAAUUUAUUUUUAAACAGAGUGCAAUACUGCAAAAAGAAAAGUUUCAUUUGCUUUUUCAUAUAUCGUAUAAUGUAAUCAUUAUAAAGCAGUUAUUGUUCCGUGUAAGAUUAGAUACUCAUAUAAGCGCCAGCGCUUGAUUGUAGUAGUUUGGAUUGGUGGAUAUCAGAUGGCAGAAGAAAAUUCAUAAUUUUCUACUAACCAAAGUCUUGUGUUUCAGCGCAUAUAUAAGGUUGUGGCCUAAUAUUCCGGCGAGAAAAAUGUCCAUACUCAAUGAUAAACUUUAUAUAGGCAAUGGAUGCAAAAUAUAGCAAAUAUUUUAUUAUUCUUAUUAUAUGCCGUUUCUAGAGUUUUUGUAUGCAUUUAAUAAAGUAUAUGCACUAUAAUGAAUAUUGCCAAGUAUAUGUUUUUAUCACUGAUGCCAUUUCUAAUUCAAGCAUUGGUUCUUGAGAAUUCUUCCCGACUAAUUAUUGGUUGGCUCCAAGAGAAAGUUUUCAAAAUGACCAAUGGUACAACAAUACUUAAAUUCGAGCAAGCUAUAAAUUUAUAGUACGAUUGAGGAAUAAACUCCAUGCACUAUGAAUGAAAAAUUCUUUUACUUUUAUUUUUAUUAUUUUCGUGUUUAUAAUUGUGUCUUAUAUUUGAUCAGUCAAUUUAUCAAGAAUGAUUUCUUCUUUUUGAUUAUUUUUCACUAUCAUUGUUUAUACGGUCCAUUAUGGGUAACCUAUAAUAUCGUUUCAGUUGAAGUUAUUCCAUUCAUUCGAUUUGUAUUUUAAAAUACUUUCAGUUGGUGCAAACUUCUUGAAUAACCCUGUAUAUAAUCUAGCUUACUUGAAAUAUGGAUUCAUCGAUACAUUCUACUCAUCACAUAUUAAUAUUCUAUAUUAUCCUAUAUACAUAAAGAUACACAGUUUCUCCUUGUGAUCAUCACGUUUUAUAUUUAAAUUAUUGUAAGGUCCUGUUCCAUUUUUUCACAGAUCAAUAAAUGUAGAUAUAAAAAUUGCAUAGGUUCCUGCAAGACAAUUGGACAGUAACUUGUCGGACUUAUAAGAAUUGUUGAUUAUAAUAUCAUCUUACCUGUAGCAUAAAAUAUAACGGAACAAUUUGUCGAGUUCACUUUUCAUUCUGCAUAUGCCGAAAAAUUAACGAGUACGACAUAAUACAAAUCCAUCAGAGAUGAGAAUAUAUUGAAAUUCACUUGAGUACAUAAUUAAAAAUAUACAAUGUUUCUGACUAUCAACUCUUGGAGUAGGGGCUUGGUGGGACCUUGUUACCUAGUUUGCACGAUACUCUGUGUCAGUGCAAAGACCUUGAGACGCGAAAGAUCCGUGAAACUUGAGAGAGGAAGGUCUAUGGUGUUCAGUUCGGCCAUGACCCUGCGGUGGCUCGUGGUACUUCUCCUGGUGGUUCCUAGUUACGAAUGGUCGUCCUUUAAACUUUGGUUAGGAAUCAAAGAUCCUCCCCCCGUAAUUUCCCAAGACGAAUCCAUUCAGAAAGCCAGAGUCUUAAAUUUCUUCCCUGUUCCUGUUGAGGAGGAGUGCUUAUCGUUAGACAAACGUCGAAAAGGAAUAUGCAUGAACACGUACGAGUGCCGCAUUCAACACGGCACGUCUCAUGGGCCUUGCGCGUUGGGAUUUGGGGUUUGUUGUAUAUUCACUACCAGCUGUGGAGGUGAGAUCCAGAAUAAUUUGACAUACGUCACUAAUCCAGGAUUUCCGAAUCUGAUUGACCAACCUAUGAACUGUUCCAUCGCUAUUAAAAAGGUUGAGCCUCAAGUAAGCCAAUUGAGGAUCGACUUCUUACAUUUUAAUAUCGGUCAGCCAAAUCGUAGGACAGGAGUAUGCGACCAAGAUAGAAUGGAAGUUAUAACAGGGAACAAAACUUUUCAAUUAUGUGGAUGGAACAGUGGGCAGCACAUUUAUAUGGACGUCACGGAUGGAUUAAUGAGUCUGGAUUUCCGAUUGCCAAACACUUAUCAAUCUCGAAUGUGGGAAAUCCGAGUAAGCCAACUGGGAUUUGAGCAACGUGCCCCUGCAGGAUGUCUACAAUAUUUUGAAAGUCCAAGCGGUGUUCUGAAAACUCUAAAUUAUCUCCCUAACGGCCGAUUUCUAGCUGAGCAUGAUCAUCUCUUAUGCGUACGUCAGGCCCAAGGAAUGUGCAGUAUAUCGUACACUCCUUGUACUGCUGACUCCUUCAGAAUUGGUCCACCGAGAGUUGAUGAUAAUGAUCAGAGCGAAGGAUCAGGAACAGGACCAGAGCCUGAUACUGCCAGUAAGCGUUGUCGGGAUAGAGUUUUGAUACCUUGUGAUUUUGAAGAAUUCAUAACGCCCGGAAACGACGGUGCUGGUAUCUGCAAUCUCGAACACUGUGGGAGUUCAUUGUGUAGUCCAACUGAGGUUGACGAAGAUGGAAGUUGUCGAGUGGAAACUUCGGCAACACCCUUUCAUAUCAGGGUGGCUUUUGGACCCGGCGAAGACACCGGAAUUUCGCCGGAAAAUAAUGCCGGAAUGUGCUUGAGUUACGAACAAUUACCUUGCAGUCCUUGAAAUAGAUUUAUUUGUGAAAUCUGGAUUUGCUGAUACGGAUUGACAAACGGUUAGUUAGGAUGACCGAGUCAUUGUUAAAUAUUGAAAAUAUUUGGCAAUUACAUAACACUAUACUAUAUACAUCAUUUCUGUAAGAUAUAUGACAAUAACGUAAUAGUUAUAUUCUCAGAAAAGAAUGUAUACGACUAUUGCACUGCUGUGAUUAAUCGUGUUUCUCGUGUAAUAUAGCAGCAUUAGAAUUGCCAGAAAAUAAUAACUUAUUUCUUGAUAAUUCUUAUAAAAGUUGCUAACUGUUACUAUUAAUAUUACACCAAUUGAUAUUUCGUUUGUGUUAAUAGAAACGCAGUUAUCUCUACGAUUAACACAUUAAUUCUCGAAUAUUUACGUAUUUUCAUAAAAAUCCAUCUUUGUCACUGUACAAUAUCUAUGUUACGUGUAUAAAAU